CUGUGCGGGCCCGGGGCGGUGAGAGCCGUGAGGAGCGGUGGGCGGGAGAUCGCGCCGGGCCCGCCCCGCCGCCGGGAGCGCGGCCAGCGCCGCUCCAGAAGAGGCGCCGGAGCCGCGGGAGCCGCAGGAUUACGGCGCUGGCUCCGGGGGAACGACAGCGCUGCGGCGGCUGGAACGGCUCGGCUGCAGGUUAAACCUGGCCGCCUGAAAGACUCAAGCACACAGUUCCUGUGAGACAGCCAGAAUUACUGAAUUCAGGAGGCUGAAGAUGCUGCUGCUGCUGUGGGAGCAGCUGUUCCUGGCGUCGUUUGUUGGCUGCCUUGCAGACGUGGAGAGCUCCAGGAUGAAGAUGAGGAGCGCGGUGUCGGUGCGCGAGGGCCAGGGCGUCGUGCUGCUCUGCGGGACCCCGCCCCGGGCUGGAGACUUGUCCUUUGCCUGGAUCUUCAACGAGUACCCGUCGUUCGUGCAGGAGGACAGCCGGCGCUUCGUGUCCCAGGAGACAGGGCACCUGUACAUAGCCAAGGUGGAGCCCUCCGACGUGGGCAACUACAGCUGCGUGGUGACCAGCAGGGCCAGCAGGAGCCCCGUGCUGGGCUCCCCCACGCCCCUGGUGCUGCGCACCGACGGUGUGAUGGGGGAAUACGAGCCCAAAAUAGAAGUUCAGUUCCCUGAGACGCUGGCAGCAGCCAAAGGCUCCACUGUGAAGCUGGAGUGCUUUGCACUGGGAAACCCUGUGCCUCAGAUUAACUGGAGAAGAACUGACGGGCUGCCAUUUCCAAGUAAAAUAAAGCUGAGGAAAUCCAAUGGCAUGAUUGAAAUCCCUAAUUUCCAGCAGGAGGAUGCAGGGCUCUAUGAAUGCAUUACUGAAAACUCCAGGGGCAAAAACAUUGCAAGAGGACGUCUCACUUACUAUGCAAAGCCUCACUGGAUCCAGAGCAUAAAGGACGUGGAAGUUGCUGUGGAGGACACUUUGUACUGGGACUGCAGGGCGAGUGGGAAGCCCAAACCAUCCUACAGGUGGCUGAAGAAUGGAGAGCAGCUGGCAAUAGAGGGAAGGAUCCAAAUUGAAAAUGGUGCACUUACAAUAUCAAAUCUAAAUCUGACAGAUUCUGGCAGAUACCAGUGCAUAGCUGAAAAUAAACAUGGUGUCAUCUCUUCGAGUGCAGAGCUCAGGGUUGUAGCUUCUGCUCCAGAUUUUUCCAAGAGUCCGAUGAAGAAACUGAUCCAGGUUCAGAUAGGCAGCACAGUUGAUUUUGAGUGCAAACCCAAAGCUUUCCCUAAGGCCAAAUGUUCCUGGAAGAAGGGAGGUGAGAAGCUACAGGAAAAUGGAAGGAUCAGUCUGCUGCAGGAUGGAGGGCUGAGGAUAGCCAACGUGACCAAGGGGGAUGCUGGCAGCUACACCUGCCUGGCCACAAACCAGUUUGGAACAGCCAGGGGCUCCACCAGCCUGAUAGUUACAGAGCCCACCAGGAUCACCCUGGCUCCUUCCAACAUGGAUGUCACCGUUGGGGAGAGCGUGGUGCUGCCCUGCCAGGUGCAGCACGAUCCCCUGCUGGACAUCAGCUUCACCUGGUACUUCAACGGGAGCCUCACAGACUUCCAGAGGGAUGCCUCCCACUUGGAGAAGGUUGGAGGGAGUGCGUCGGGGGAUUUAAUGAUCAGGAACAUCCAGCUGAAGCACAGUGGGAAGUACGUGUGCAUGGUGAAGACAGAGGUGGACAGCGUGGCCUCUGCUGCCGACCUCAUCGUGCGAGGCUCCCCUGGGCCCCCUGAGCACGUGAGGGUGGACGAGGUCACGGACACCACUGCCCAGAUCUCCUGGCAGGAGGGCACGGACAACCACAGCCCCGUGACCACCUACACCAUCCAGGCCAGGACUCCCUUCUCCGUGGGCUGGCAGCGAGCCACCACAGUUCCGGAUGUGAUCGACGGGAAAACCUUCACAAGCACAGUAGUGGAUUUAAAUCCUUGGGUUGAAUAUGAGUUUCGUGUAGUUGCCAGUAACAAAAUAGGAGGUGGAGAGCCUAGUUUGCCCUCAGAAAAAGUAAGAACUGAAGAGGCAGUUCCUGAAAUUCCCCCCUCUGAGGUCAGUGGGGGAGGAGGCAGCAGGUCUGAGCUGGUCAUAACGUGGGAUCCCGUCCCUGAGGAGCUGCAGAACGGGGAAGGGUUCGGGUACGUGGUGGCCUUCCGCCCCUCGGGCACCACGACGUGGAUCCAGACGGUGGUGACCUCCCCUGACACCCCCAGAUACGUCUUCAGGAACGAGAGCAUCCUGCCCUUCUCGCCCUACGAGGUCAAAGUCGGCGUCUACAACAACAAGGGCGAGGGGCCCUUCAGCGCCGUGGCCACGGUGUUCUCAGCUGAGGAAGAGCCCAGCACAGCCCCCUCAGGAGUGUCUGCCACCAGCCUGUCCUCCUCAGCCAUCCAGGUGUCCUGGACAGCCAUUCCCUGGAAGAUGAGCAAUGGGAGGCUGCUGGGCUAUGAGGUUAGGUACUGGAAUAAAGGCCAAAAAGAAGAAUCUUCCAACAGAGUAAAAGCAGCAGGGAAUGAAACAUCAAUAAAAAUCACAGGGUUGAGGAGCAACUUGGCUUAUUACACAGCUGUGCGUGCCUACAACAGCGCUGGGGCAGGGCCCUUCAGUGCCACCGUCAAUGCCACCACCAAAAAGCCACCACCCAGCCAGCCUCCAGGAAACGUGGUGUGGAAUGUGACAGACUCCAGGGUUGUCCUGAGCUGGGAGGAGGUCAGAGCCAUGGACAACGAGUCCGAGGUCACGGGCUACAAGGUGCUGUACAGGAGCAGCAGCCAGAGCGGGGUGCAGGUGCUGACCACGGCCAGCACCACGGCCGAGCUGUGGCUGCAGCUCAAGGACGAUUAUCUCAUCGAGGUCAGAGCCACCACCGAGGGGGGAGAUGGCAGCAGCAGCGAGCAGAUCCUCAUCCCCAGGCUGGCCAGUAUGGAUGCAAGAGGUUCUGGCCCAUCAGUCUUGAGUAUCUUCAGUGUCUCCAGCUUCUUAGCAACAAUAUUUUCCUUGACCCUUAAUUCUGUGUUGUGCUGAUACAUUUGCAUUUGCUGGGGAAAAAAAAAAUUGGUUACUAAAGUGCUUUUUUUAAAAAAACUGCAGUGGUUAAUGCAUGGUUUUUUUCUUCUAUCCUGACGUGUUUUUAAAUUCUUUAUAUUUCACUGUAAGUUGAAGUAAAAAAUACCAUGUAAAGUUUAGCAAAUCCUUUAAAAAGGAAUCUAAAAUGCCUUAAUACUUGAACCAAAGGAGUUUACAUGUUACAUACUUCAGAUGCAGUGUUAAGAGAGAGGGGGAGGGAUGGCACUGUGAGGUCAGGGUGAGGUGGGAGAGUGAGAAACAACAUUUCUGCAGCAGCCCUGAAUUGUUGUGGGUCUGUUCUGCAUUGCUAAAAUAACAUUUGACGUGGAAAAGAUGAAAUCAGAGCUGUGGCUGUUACCAGCUGGGGGGUGACACGACCACCGAGGCAGUGCCAUCACCCAGGAGCUGGGAUCAUUUUCCUGCUGCCCUUUGUGGGAGUUGCUCUAAAUGGAAAGAAAUCCCAAAAGAAAUCUCCUUCAAAGAAAUCCCAUCUGGAGCAGGGCAAAGGCAGGGCCUCCACUGCUGCUCCUAAGAAAUGAUCUCCCAGCUGUGAUUUGAGGAUGUUUUCGUGCACCUUCUCAGUAAAUUCUGAAAUUCAUGUCCUCAUCUCCCCACGUUGCCUUUCCUAACCAGGUUCUCUGUUCAUAACCAAACUCCCCCACCCUGAGGGUGAUGUGCUUGCCCUGCUGCCAAUGUUGCAGGAGCUGAGGUGCCCAGCUGGCAGCCCUGGAGAGCUGCAGGGGCACCAUGGCCUUGUGAAGAGGGACAGCCACCCUUCCCUCCCUUCCUUGUGACCUGGUGCUCCCGGACCUGCACCCCAAAUUCUCCUGCUCAUUUCUCUGCCACACUGCACUGCAAACACCCUGAAUUCAGAGUUACAGCCAGACCUCUCCUUCCUGCUGCUCUGGAACCAGUUCUGAACUGUUCCACCUGCUCUGGCUCUCAGCUGCACCCCACUGCUGUCACAUGAGUCUGGGAAGUUCAUGGCAAUAUUAGGAUAUAAAAAAAUGAUACAACACCAUUUGCUGUUGAAGAGAAAUCUGUGCUUUCUUUCAUGGCAGUAAAUUAAAGAUACAUUCAGCCUGGUCCAUUUGACUUCAGGAGUUGUGGCUUCAGUCAAAUCAGCCUUUCAGACAACUUUUAGAGAGGACACAGCAUCCCUGCUCCAGCACAUGUUCACAUGAGAUAAAUCAUUUCCUCUUAAAGACUGGGGAUUUUAAAUUCCACAAUUCUAUUACAACACGCAGACCUACAAAGGGAGAACCAGGAUUAAUGAAACUAUGGUAGCACUGUAGAAAAAAUACCUUGAUAUGCAUUCAGCUGGCAGAUGAGCUCCAGAUGAGACAAAGUGCUGCUGAGGAAAGCAGGAGCUGUAUAUACUGUAAAUAGAGAGCUACAAUUGAGUUUAAAAUUAGUUGCUUUUCCAUGUGGCUUACCAGUGUUGUUUUCAGACACUUGCAAACACGGGGGUGGGUGGGACAUGGAAAUCCAGGUGUUCCUAGUGAGUAAAUAGUUCUAUUUCAUGCAACAAAGGGUGACUCUUUCUCUUGUUUCAGAAAAUUCUAGUCCAGGUUCCUGUACUGCCCAUUUUUCAUGCACUUACAUUGUAUUAUUGCUUGAUUUCUAGUUCUAUAUCUCCAUGAGAUAUGUACCCAGUACCUUGUUUCAUAUUGAAAAGGUUGAAAUUUAUCCUUGAACUUCCAGGUGUGUGUGUAUCCUAUGGUUAUCUGUAUGCAUUCUUUUCUAUUGCUCUAAUAAAAUAUUUAUUACAUAGAGGGAUAA